UGUUAUUUAGACAGCUUUACAACUCUUGAAACAUGGCGAACAUGUUUACAAACCAAAAUCCUCGAGCUAAAAAUGUUGCGAUUAAUAUGGAAACUUAUGUACCUUCUUCGCAAUCAGAAAGUUCCUCUACUGUUCCACCUGAUGAGUUUCAGUUUAUCCCGCAAGCUUCUAAUGAAGUAAAGGUGGAUGGAUCUAUCAAUUCAAACACCACUUCUACAAGGACUGAUGGUUAUGGUGUUGUUAGGCGUGGUGCAGCUCUAAAUUUCCUUGAGAAUCGAGGUUUUGGUUGGCUUUUGGAAGAAGAUGAGAUAGAGGAAGAAGAUCAGCGAUCUCUCCUGGAGGAGCUGGAUAUUGAUCUGAAGGAUAUUUAUUAUAAAGUACGCUGUGUUCUGUUUCCUUUACCACAGCUAGGCUUUAAUCGCCACAUUCUUCGAGAAUCACCAGAUUUUCUGGGGCCCCCUUAUCAUCAUUCUUCUUUAUGCCUAGUUUCCCUUUAUGGGCAGUUCAGAGUUGUGUCUUGGAUUCUUACUAUUUGGCUUUUUGGUGGCAUUCUUUGUUUUCUGCUGGCCAGAGUCCUUGGAGGAGAGGUAAUUAUAUGCACUUCAUAUUCCCAAGUGCUUGGCGUCAUUGGUUAUUCUGUUUUACCACUCGUCAUCAUAGCAGCAUUUCUUCUCCUUGUCAACUCAUACUUUGUUAUCAGAAGGACAUUACAAUUACUGGGAGUGAUGUGGGCAGCAUACAGUGCAGGAUCCUUGCUGUGUGUAGAAGAGCUACAGCAAAAAAGAACACUUCUGCUUUAUCCUGUUUUCCUGUUGUAUAUUUAUUUUCUUUCACUGUAUACAGGUGUUUGAAUUGCAUCCUCUUUUACAUCUAUACUUCUAGAUGUGGGCCCAAAUGGUGAUCUGCUGUAGCUUUUAGUUUUUGCUUUUUUUUUCAAAAUACACUCCAAGCAAAUCAAAUUCUAAUUUGAAAGAGUGAAACUUUUUGCUUAUGGAUGUGUCUUGGGCAGUCAUGUAUGACACUUAACAUACUAACUCCAGUUAUCAUCAAAACUGGGUAUACUGUAAGUUCACUGCCUGUAAUCCUAUAUGUACGCGUUAAGUUAUACAUCCAAGCUGCUUGUUAUUCAAACUUUGUAAAUACUGAAAGCUUACAUGGGUUGGAAAAAAGAUUUAUGGAGGGGAGGUUGGUGUAACAGUAAUUGAUGUGUGCAGGGGACAUGGCAUUUUUAGUCCAGCAAAGAAU